ACAUUUGAGUGUCAGCACAAAAACAGCUACAACCGUUUCUGCUAGCGGGAACAUUCAUUAGAGACUCAAGCAGCCUUUCUUGAGUCAGAGAGAAAACUUUGCCUGCGUUUGUUUCGUCUGACAGCGGGACGUUUUGCCAGGAUCUAGAAACGGUCGUGUCGCACGCCUUUUGAAACUAUGUAGAGAUGGAGUUCAUGAAACUGAUCGGAACUGUUUUGGCAGUUUGUUUCCAUCCCAGCUGCGCAUCAAGCGCGUUCGGUGAUAACAGGAUAUGCCGGAGAGGGACAGAGAAGCCCUGCUAUAAGAUCACAAGCUUCCAGGACAGCAGGCUCAGAGCAAGCUUUGAGGCAGCCAGACAGAAAUGCAGGGAGGAUGAUGGGGAGCUGCUCAGUAUUGAGACCGAGAAUGAGCAGCGUCUGGUGGAGAAGUUUGUUCAGGAGCACUGGGCCACUGAUGGAGACUUCUGGAUUGGGCUACGAAGGAGCCCACAAUAUAAUGCUGAUUGUUCAGCGCAGUAUUACUGGCUGGAUUACAGUCCGGCCACAUUUAGGAACUGGCUGUUGACAGAGCCCUCUUGUGGCCUUGAUCAGUGUGUGGCGUUAUUCUACCGGCCCUCGUCUGCUGCUAUCCAGAAGAAACGCAACCUGUUCAAGUGGACUGACUACAAUUGCAAUUCCAAGAAUAAUUUCAUCUGCAAGUACUCAGAUGAAAAGCAUCCUGUCCCCACUCCAGCAGGAAAUAUCACUACACAUACAGGUAUUGAUGACCUGACUCUGGUGCCAAAGCACCCGCCCAUUACAGUGGACAAUGAAAGAAUAAAAACUGAACUCUCAGAGUCUUCAGUUUCUAUUUCAGAUGACGCAAUUAAUAUUUACUACAUCCUCCUAGCCAUUCUACCUGUGAUGCUGCUGUUGAUAUUGGUGGUGUCGGGGGUGUUCUGUUUCAGAGUCAUGUCAAGGAGGUCUUGUGAAGGAUGGGGAAGCCAGUGGGAGUCUAAUGCAGGGGUGUACAGUGAAGCUCGGAUUCCCAUAACUGACUAUACAAAGAAGCAUAAAGGUGUCAUCGGCUUGUGA